AGUAUGGCGGCCCCAGCUACAGAACUACUACUCGGCCAAAGUUUACUGCUGCGAUUUUCACGUGAAAGCUAUGAAUAAGUACGAGAGCCAGGGGUUCGGUAACGAAGAGCUCGGCGACUGUGAACAGAGGAAAGGACUUGUAAAAAGAGUCGUCGCUCUCUGCCCGGCUGAGUUGCCUCGAUUUGCCUUGAUUGAAGUGCCUUUUAGUCCGGGUACCGCAGGGGAAGAAACUCCGCAAGACGAGAAAAGUGGACACGGAAGUUUGAAACCAACUGUGGCUUUGGAAAGACCAGCUGCAAAGUGUUGAAAGGGUGGCGGUCAAAUCAUGUUUUUGUGAGACGUUUAAGUGCACUUGUCGGCGGUUUCCCUACCAGCGACAGCCAACUGUUGCCUGCUUGGUGUGCAUUUAAGGGUCUGGCGCUGCAUACCACCAGCAGACGUUGGUUAGCUUUCAUGGCUAUCUCCAACAUUAGCUUAAGGUCGCCAGCUAACAAAUCAUAUAUAUGUUUCUGUGACCGUAUCGCUGUGAAAUGUCCCGUAAAGCACUCACACUCCAUUAAUGCAUGAUAAACAGAGACAUACUGGAGCAUCACUGAUUUGUGCUGGUGACCUCCAUCACCUAAAUUCUGGGAGGGGAGUGCCCGAGCCAGGGGAACGGAUUCUUUUCUUUUCCCAAUCUCCUCUUUUCCUGGUGGGCAACUGAGUCCAGCUUGGAGAGUCCCGGCUGCGGCCUGGCACCCUGCCCUUAUGGGGCAGCAGCCGGGGAAGCUUGUAGGGGACCAGAGGAGACCCAGUUUGCCGGCCUUCAUCAAGGGCUCGAAGAAAGAAUCAUCACGCCAUGGGAACCAGCCCUGUAAUGUUUUUGCUGUGCACGAAGCUCUCCAGAAGCCAGAAAUUGAGGGUCAGGGUCUGACAGAAGCAGCCCGCUGGAACUCCAAAGAGAACCUUUUGGCUGGACCCAGUGAGAAUGACCCCAACCUGUUCGUUGCCCUCUAUGAUUUUGUGGCCAGUGGUGACAACACUUUAAGCAUUACUAAAGGGGAGAAGCUGCGUGUGCUGGGUUACAAUCAUAACGGCGAGUGGUGUGAAGCACAGACCAAGAAUGGCCAAGGUUGGGUGCCGUCCAACUACAUCACCCCAGUCAACAGCCUGGAGAAGCACAGCUGGUACCACGGACCCGUGUCACGGAACGCGGCAGAGUACCUGCUCAGCUCGGGCAUCAACGGGAGCUUUCUGGUCCGUGAAAGCGAAAGCAGCCCCGGUCAGAGGUCCAUUUCUCUGCGGUAUGAGGGGAGAGUGUACCAUUACAGGAUUAACACUGCGUCUGAUGGCAAGCUUUACGUCUCAUCUGACAGCCGUUUCAACACACUGGCCGAGCUGGUGCACCACCAUUCCACCGUGGCCGACGGCCUCAUCACGACACUGCACUACCCAGCGCCGAAGCGUAACAAGCCCACCAUCUAUGGAGUUUCUCCCAACUACGAUAAGUGGGAGAUGGAGCGCACUGACAUUACCAUGAAGCACAAACUAGGAGGGGGCCAGUAUGGGGAAGUGUACGAAGGCGUUUGGAAGAAGUACAACCUCACCGUGGCUGUCAAGACACUAAAGGAGGAUACGAUGGAGGUGGAGGAGUUUCUGAAGGAGGCUGCGGUUAUGAAAGAGAUCAAACACCCUAACCUGGUGCAGCUGUUAGGCGUGUGCACACGGGAGCCCCCAUUCUAUAUCAUCACAGAGUUCAUGACCCACGGUAACCUGCUGGACUACCUGAGGGAGUGCAACAGAGAGGAGGUCAAUGCUGUGGUGCUGCUACACAUGGCCACACAGAUCUCCUCUGCCAUGGAAUACCUGGAGAAAAAAAACUUUAUACACAGGGACUUGGCAGCCCGUAACUGUCUCGUUGGGGAGAACCACCUGGUGAAGGUUGCAGAUUUUGGCCUGAGCAGGCUGAUGAUUGGAGAUACCUACACGGCUCAUGCCGGGGCCAAGUUCCCGAUCAAGUGGACAGCUCCAGAGAGUCUGGCUUACAACAAGUUCUCGAUUAAGUCUGAUGUCUGGGCAUUUGGUGUGCUGCUGUGGGAGAUUGCCACAUACGGCAUGUCUCCUUACCCUGGCAUUGACCUGUCCCAGGUCUAUGAACUGUUAGAAAAAGACUAUCGUAUGGAUCGACCAGAGGGCUGCCCCGAGAAGGUCUAUGAGCUCAUGAUGGCCUGUUGGAAGUGGAACCCUUCAGAACGUCCAACUUUUGCUGAAACCCACCAAGCCUUUGAGACCAUGUUCCAGGAAUCCAGCAUCUCUGAUGAGGUGGAAAAGGAGUUGGGAAAGAAAGGAAAGAAGACAUUAGGCUCCAUCCAGCAGGCUCCGGAGCUGCCCACCAAGACCAGACCUCGCAAGAGCAACAUAGACAGCCGAGAUACAGAGAGCCCAGAUCUGUUGGAAACGGAGGGGGCUGUGUCGUCACCCAUGCUCCCAAGGAAAGAGCGCCCCCUCCUGGACAGCAACUUGAAUGAGGACGAUCGCUUGCUGCCCAAGGACAAGGACAAGACGCGUGGCUUUCUCAGCCUCAUCAAGAAAAAGAAAAAGAGUGCGCCAACUCCUCCCACACGCAGCUCCUCUUUUAAAGGAGACUGCCUCUCUGACAGGAGGUGCGUUACUCAAGAUCCUCGAGACAGUGACAUCUUUAACAACGGGGCAUCAUUGGGCAUUAAUGACGCCAUACAUGGCCUCCUCAGUACGAAUAAUAAUGGAGCAGCAGGUAUAACUAAUGGGGCUCCUACCUACCCAGUACCUUUUUGCCCUAGAAAGAAGUUACCUCUUGUAGUGACUAGCCCAGGUGGAAAGGGAGCAACAACUCCACCUAGUGAGGAGGAACCCUUUUCUAACUCUAGGUUUUUCUGGCCCAUGCCCACUGGCUCAGAUGGCACAGAAUGUAAAUCUGUCACACUGCCGCGAGAUCUGAGCCAUCGCCGCUUCGACACAGGCACCGUCGGGGGCAAGCCAGCUCUGCCACGAAAGCAGCAGAAAGGAGAGAAUGCGCCACGGAUGGGCACCCUGACUCCCCCACCACGCCUGAAUACAUCUCCAGAUAUUUCCUCCACCUUCUUAGGCAGAGAUAAUGAUCUCAGUCCUGGUUCCAGUCCCAAGGCUUUGACACCUAAGGUGGUGAAGAGACCCAGUGUGUCAGGGCCAGAAAGCUCCAAGACCAGCGCUCUGCAUGCCGAGCUUCUGAAGCCCAAUGUGUUCCCUCCUAUGGGGGCUGCUGGAGAAGAGUGCAGGGCUCGCAGAAACAAGCUCACGGAGUUCUCCUCCAGCAGGGAUCGAGUAAAAAUACAGAAACCCAAGCCAGCCCCACCUCCACCACCCACUAAUGCAAAAACGGGCAAGGUCUCCCGCAGCCCCACUCAAGAGCUCCCCUCCCCGACUGCUUCAGAAAUCAAAGCUAAGUGCCUCCCUUCCAUCUCAGAUCCCCACCACACAGCCACUCCCAGUGACCAAGCCCGCUUACCCCUGAGUGAGGCCUCCAAGAAGCUGCCCUUGGGCUCCACCUCUAAACCUCAACCGUUAAAGACCUCCGCCUCGUCCACUUCAGUAACCAGCUCCCCCUCCAGCCAGAGCCUUGGAGGUUUGUCUUCUCCCCUCACCUCCCCCAACGAAUCAAAUUCACCCACUGCAUUCACCCCUCUAGCGAAAACCCGAUCCUCCCUCCGCAAGACUGCACCCCGCCAGGCCUCCGAGCGCACUCCAAACUCAGCCGUGACACGCGAAAUGGUGCUGGAGGGCACCGAGCUGCUCCGCGCCGCCAUUUCCCGCAACUCCGAGCAAACGGGUAGCCACAGCGCCGUGCUGGAGGCCGGCAAGAACCUGUCAAAGUACUGCGUGAGUUAUGUUGACUCCAUUCAGCAGAUGAGGAACAAGUUUGCUUUUCGCGAGGCCAUCAACAAGCUUGAGAGCAGCUUGCGAGAGCUUCAGAUCUGCCCCAAUGCCACGGGGGGCUCGAGUGCACAGCAGGACUUUAGCAAGCUGCUGUCCUCCGUCAAAGAGAUCAGUGACAUUGUUCAGAGGUAGCGCCUAGAAUGUGACACUAUCAGACAUGAAAAUGAUAACAUUUUAUGUUACACUACCCUUC